UUUCCUGUAUUCCGGAUAAGGUGAUGCAGAGAUAGUUGGUGUCUUGCAGGAACCGCGUGACGUGAAUGCCGUCUGCCUAGCUUUAAAUACUAAACGGAAAAUUAUAUGUGAAUUUUUUUAACAUUAUAAGUUAAUUUACUUCUUCAUAAUUUCACAGAAAAUUAUUUGAAAUGCCAACCGUUUCUGUCAAUCGAGAUAUACUCUUUCAAAUUUUGGGAAGAACUUAUGAAGAAAAAGAGUUUGACGAGCUGUGCUUCCAGUAUGGCAUUGAGUUGGAUGAUGUAACUGUGGAGGAAGAUGGUUCUACUGCAUAUAAAAUUGAGGUUGGAGCUAAUAGGUAUGACCUGUUGUGUGUUGAGGGCAUUGGUCAGGCUCUGAAUAUAUACUUGGGUAAUGUGGCAACCCCACAUUAUCGGAUCACUGACCCCAAGAACACAGACCAGCAAACAAUUAUUGUCAAACCAGCCACUGCACAGAUACGACAGUACUGUGUGGGUGCUGUGCUGCGUGGCAUCACUUUCAAUCAAGCAAGAUAUGAUUCAUUCAUUGCUCUUCAAGAUAAACUUCACCAAAAUAUUGCCAGAAAACGAACUCUGGUGGCUAUUGGUACUCACGACCUUAGCACCAUCACAGGACCCUUUGUUUAUGAUGCCUUGCCACCCCAGGAAAUCAAUUUUGUGCCACUCAAUAAAACGUCAGCCUACCGAGCAGACAAGUUGAUGGAACUCUACUCAAGUGAUCAGCACCUGCGCGAGUAUGUCCCUAUCAUCAAGGACUCUGCAGUCUACCCUAUAAUUACUGACAGUAAAGGAGUGGUUCUCUCAAUGCCUCCUAUCAUCAAUGGUGACCACUCCAAGAUAACGCUCAACACCAAAGAUGUUUUCAUCGAAUGCACUGCAACAGACAAGUUCAAAGCACAAAUCGUCCUUGAUACUCUCGUCUGCAUGUUCAGUGGCUACUGUGAAAAGCCCUUUACAGUCGAGCCAGUGAAUGUGACGUACGAGAGCAGUGGUGAGACUGAGCAAUUUCCUGUACUGGAAUACAAACCGCUCAAGGCGUCAGUGCAGUAUUGCAACUCUCUAGUGGGCGUCAGCGAAUCUGCAGAUUUUAUUGCUGAGAAACUUGCCCUCAUGGGUCUCAGCGCUGAGGCUACGAGCUCUGAAGAAGUAGCUGUCAUAGUUCCACCCACCAGGUAUGAUGUUCUACACGAGUGCGAUGUUGCUGAGGACUUUGCCGUGGCCUACGGCUUUGACAAACUUGCUGAGGAUCUCCAACUGCCACCCACCAACACAAUUGGCCAGGAAUAUCAACUUAACUACUACACCGACAAACUCAGAGUCUUGCUUUCUCAGAACAACUACACUGAGGCAGCCACUUUUGCUCUCUGCUCCAAAGCUGACUUGGGAGACAAGCUACGAGUAGACCUUUCUCUCGAGCCACUGGUCGAAGUGGGCAACCCCAAGACGGUGGACUGUGAGGCCGUACGCCUGUCUCUCCUGCCUGGAAUAUUGCGCACCGUUGCUGCCAACAAGCACAUCGCUCUUCCUCUAAGGCUAUUUGAGAUAUCAGACGUGUGCCUCCGCGACAACAGAGCAUCGCACACUCGCGGCACCGGAGCACGCAACGAGCGUCACUUGUGCGCCAUCAACUACAACGUACGCGCGGGUGUCGAGGUGUUGCAGGGGCUGCUAGACCACGUCAUGCUCGCUCUUAAGGUCCCCUUCAAUGAAGAAGCUCAGGGCCAAGGAUACUGGCUCGAGGGGAAAGAUCAUCCAACGUUCUUGCCUGGGUUCUGCGGCCGCGUGAUGUUCAACGGCCGUGAGGUCGGCAAAUUGGGGCUGUUGCAUCCUGACGUGAUCACCGCGUUCAACCUGAACAACCCCGCCUCUGCAUUGGACCUCAACUUGCAAGACCUGCUCGACCUCAACGCUCAGCCGUUCUAAAAAGGGAACACACCUUACGGCCAUCUUUCUCUAUGUUAUGGUUUGUAUUAUCAUGCAGGCUGAACGCAGCAAUGAAGAACAACCCUAAAACAAACUCGUUAUAAUACCUACUCUUGUGCAGGGUCAAAAGAAGAAACUAUUAUAAGUUUGAACAAGAAAUUUCAAUAUGGAUACUGUUGUGUUUACAUAAUAUGACAACCAGACCAGAUUAUAGGUAUUGAAAGCGGGCAAGAGUAAAGUAACAUCCAGACAAAGAGAGUGCGCUAUGCUUUUGCACUUUUGUCCAUGUAUCUGAAUAUUGGAGACAACAUUAUACAAUCUAGACAAAAUAGAGGAUUAAUUAAAUAUGAAUAUUCCGUCGAGUACUUCUUGCUGAUACCUGUCUCUUCACAUGAUGUUAAUGACACAGAACUCACAGAUUUCAUUUACCACACUUUAAGGCCCAAGAAACAUUUGUGACCGACAUACGUAUUUUGAACAUGCAUAAAUGUGUUGAAUAUGUGUUGGGAAUGUAAUUAGAGGUACUGUUUGUAGUGCGACAUUUUUCAAAGGUUUUAAUACAGAGCGUUACGUGAAA